AUGGUUCCGUUGGUCGAACAGCAGUCUAUCCUGUUUGACGGAAUGGUUAAUGAUUUUGACCAGUGUUUGCGGAUUUACCGAAAGCUGGAAAACGUCCUUCGAAAACCCAUUGAACAGGUCGAGGUUCUGCAGGACGAACUGAUGCGAGUUAAGUUGCGUGAAGCCGAAGGUCUGCUACAGAUGAAGGAACUGCGCCAACGCUUGAACGAAAUUCAGUCACUCUGGGAGGAUCAUUGUGGUCGACGAAAGGCCAGCAAACCUCCUGACGUGCAGGGCUUCCUUCGCACCAGCACUGGCUUGUUGCAGUCCAAGAUUCUCGGCAAAUCUUCAAACUCGGAAUUGGAUGUCCAACAUCUGUCUGACCGGAUCCUUGAGGCCAAGUAUUUAACACAGAUUGCGGAUCUUCAACAGAAGGUUAAAGAACUUACCGCGCAUGAAGAACUGGCUUCCCGACAGGCAAGCAGGCAUGAUGACAUGCUGGCGAGCCUUCAGGAUAAACUGGACUCUAGCUUACUUCGAGAGGCCUCAUUGAUUGCGGAACUCAAGCAGGCGGAGUGCGGUAUCGUCGAUGUAGAAGCCAAGGUCAGUUAUCACUCAUAUUUUGUGCGAACAUGUUUCCUACCUCUAGUGUAUAAUAUAAUCUGCAAAUAUUCCCAUUUUGCGACUUAG